AUGCAGACAAUCAAUUUGAUAUUAUUUCUGCUGUUAGUAGUAAUUGCAUCAGGACAGUCAGAUCUGGGAGCACUCUUAGAGCUCAGAGAAGGCAUUCAGAAAGACCCUACUGGGAAAGUUCUUGUUUCAUGGGAUUCAAAGUCCGUGGACUCUGAUGGCUGCCCUCUGAAUUGGGUUGGGAUAGCGUGUAGCAAUGGCCAUGUGACAUCAAUCACUGUAAAUGAUGCUGGACUGGUUGGUGAGUUCAGCUUUUCAGCCAUUACAGGUCUUAAAAUGCUUCGCAAUUUGUCGGUUUCAAACAACCAGCUGACGGGGACCAUCUCAAAGGUUGGUUUAUUUGAGACCCUGGAAUACUUGGAUCUCUCAUGCAAUUUGUUUCAUGGGUUAAUACCCUCUGCUUUGGUCAACUUAAAGAGUUUAGUGCUUUUGAAUCUUUCUUCAAACCAAUUUAAAGGCAUUAUUCCCACUGGUUUAGGCAAACUUGAACAGUUGAGGUAUAUAGAUGCUCGAGCUAAUGGCUUUUUUGGAGACAUUAUGAAUUUUCUACCCAAAAUGGGUAGCUUGGUCCAUGUUGAUCUGAGCAGCAAUCUGUUUUCUGGUUCAUUGGAUUUGGGACGUGGUAACUCCUCUCUUGUUUCAUCUAUUCAAUAUUUGAAUGUUAGCCACAAUUCCUUGGUUGGAGAGCUUUUUCCUCACGAUGGGAUGCCAUAUUUUGAUAGUUUGGAGACAUUUGAUGCUAGUUAUAAUCAGUUAGUGGGUCCUAUGCCUUCCUUCAAUUUUGUUUUCUCUCUGCGCACACUUCGGCUUGGAAGCAACCAGCUCUCUGGUUCUCUACCGGAAGCUCUAUUUCAAGAGAGCUCAAUGCUCUUGUCCGAACUGGAUCUUAGUCUUAACAAACUUGAAGGUCCAGUACGAAGCAUCACCUCUGCAACUCUGAAGAAGCUUAAUAUUUCUUCGAACAAAUUGUCAGGCUCCUUACCUGCCAUGGUUGGGCACUGUGCCAUCAUAGAUCUGAGUAAUAAUAUGCUCACAGGUAACUUGUCCCCAAUCCGACGUUGGGGAAAUUACAUUGAAGUUAUCCAGCUAAGUUCCAAUUCCUUGACAGGAAGCUUGCCUAAUGAAACAUCUCAAUUUCUUAGGCUAACUUCAUUUAAGAUAUCCAACAACUCAUUAGAAGGUGCUCUUCCACCAGUAUUGGGUACAUACCCAGAGCUAAAAGUGAUUGAUCUUAGCCUCAACCGACUACAAGGAUUCCUUCUUCCCAGCUUUUUCUCAUCAACUAAAUUGACUGAUCUUAACUUGUCAGGCAACAAUUUCUCCGGGUCAAUACCUGUCCAGGAAAUCUCAAGUCAUCCUUCAAACAGUUCCACUCAAAAUCUGAGCCUGGUAUUUAUAGAUCUGUCUAAUAACUCAUUGAGUGGUCAUUUGCCCGCAGAGAUCAGUGAGUUUCAUAGCUUGGUAUAUCUCAACCUAUCUAAGAACAAUUUUGACGGUAUCAUUCCUGAAGACUUUCCAGAUCAACUAAAAGGAUUUAACGUGUCUUUCAAUCAUCUCUCUGGUGUUGUACCUGAAAACUUACGGCAGUUUCCUGAUUCCGCAUUUUAUCCAGGGAACUCUUUGCUAAAAUUUCCCCAUUCCCUAUCAUCACCGAAGGGUGUCCUCAAUAAUACUUCUAGGGAGCACAGGCCCCUUAAGAAAGCUGCUAUUAGAAUUUCCCUCAUAGCAGGUUUGGUUGGUGGUGCUGCUGUUUUAGCGCUUUCAUGUAUGAUGAUCUAUUACAGGGGUCAUUGGCAGGAAUGUACAAGUUCGAAAGAAAAUUCUGGGAAGAAAGCUGUCGAACAAGGAGAUUCUGCCCUUUCUCAUAGAUCGGUACCUGAAAAAAGUGUAGACGGCUCAAAAUCUUCUCAAGAUCUUUCACCAUCAUCCCAAACAAGGUAUCCUCAUGAUGCCUCUGAUACUUCAUCAGUUCUAAAGUCUCUCUUAUCAUCAUCAAAUCUAACCCUAAAAAUCAACAACCUCUUGAGAAUGUUCAAAAGUUGUUCUCCAGAUAAAUUGGCUGGUGAUUUACAUCUGUUUGAUGGCUCCUUGGUGUUCACAGCAGAAGAACUUUCAUGUGCUCCUGCAGAAGCUAUUGGAAGGAGUUGUCAUGGAACAAUGUACAAAGCUAUGCUUGACUCAGGUCAUGUAUUGGCUGUGAAAUGGCUAAGGGAGGGUAUAGCAAAAGGGAGGAAAGAAUUUGCAAGAGAAGUAAAGAAACUAGGAAACAUCAGACAUCCGAAUCUGGUUUCUCUGCUCGGUUACUACUGGGGCCCAAAGGAGCAUGAGAAACUGAUUAUAUCAACUUAUAUUAAUGCACAAUCGUUGGCAUUCCAUCUCCAUGAAGUUGAGCCAAGAAAACUUUCACCCCUGUCUCUUGAGGAACGGCUCAGAAUUUCUGUAGAUGUUGCCCGAUGUCUGAACUUCCUACAUAAUGAGAAGGCAAUUCCCCAUGGCAACCUCAAAUCCACAAAUAUUUUAUUAGAAACCCCUAGUCUGAACGCAGUCCUCACAGAUUACAGUCUCCACCGAAUUUUGACUCCGGCUGGCACUACUGAGCAAGUACUGAAUGCAGGUGCUCUUGGCUAUCGGCCCCCUGAAUUUGCUAGCUCAAGUAAACCCUGCCCAUCCUUGAAGAGUGAUGUCUAUGCGUUCGGGGUGAUCUUGUUGGAGCUCUUGACUGGAAAGAGUUCCGGGGAGAUUGUGUCUGGCAUACCCGGUGUGGUUGAUUUGACAGACUGGGUGAGACUAUUGGCAGAAGAAAAUCGUUCUUUUGAAUGCAUUGACAGGGUGAUUCUGGAAAAGCGUAGCGUUAAGCACUCCCCUAGAGUUCUUGAUGGUAUGCUACAGGUAGCUCUAAGAUGUAUCCAACCAGCAUCGGAAAGACCCGACAUCAAAACUGUGUUUGAAGAGAUUUCAGGUAUAGUGAACUAAAGGGCACCCCAGGUACAACAAAUGCUCUAACUGUAGUCAUUGGUACUAACACCAUACAUCGAUUCUUUUUUCAUUUUUGUGUAAUUUACUAAUUGAUUGUCAACUGAUCCUGUAAUUGACAAAGCCAAACAGGUAGUGGUACAGUUCAGAGGAAAAUAAGUUCAUUGUUUAUAUGUGGGGUGAAUAAUUUUUGUUGACCCUACUGGCAUAUGUGGGGUAUGAUUUUCAUACUGGCAUUCGUGUGGUAUUCAUUUUAGAUCUUCAUCACUGA